AUGGUCGCCAUCGCCAACGAGCCCAUCGCCGUCAUCGGAAGCGCCUGUCGCUUCGCCGGCGACUCGACGUCGCCCUCCAAGCUCUGGCAGCUUCUGCGGCAGCCUCGCGAGGAGCGCAAGAAGAUCGAGCGCUUUGGUGCUGAUGGCCAUUACCACCCGGACGGCCAUCACCACGGCACUAGCAACGUGCGGCAUGCGUACUUCAUCAACCAGGAUCCGCGCGUGUUCGACUCGCAGUUCUUCAGCAUCUCCGCGUCCGAGGCCGACGCCAUCGACCCGCAGCAGCGUAUGCUGCUCGAGACCAUUUACGAGUCCAUCGAGGCCGCCGGCCUGAGCCUCGAAGGCCUGCAGGGCUCCCAGACCGCCGUCUACGUCGGCACUAUGACCGACGACUACGCCGAGCUGAUGCACCAUGACACCGAGGCCAUCCCGACGUACGCGGCCACUGGAAGCUCCCGCAGCAUCAUUGCAAACCGCAUCUCCUACUUCUUCGACUGGCACGGCCCGUCCAUGUCCAUUGACACGGCCUGCUCGUCCAGUCUGGUCGCCGUCCACCAGGCCGUCCAGACGCUGCGCAAGGGCGAGUCGCCGGUCGCCGUCGCCGCCGGAUCGAACCUCAUCUUCGGACCCAAGAUGUUUAUUGCCGAGAGCAACCUGAACAUGCUCUCCCCCAACGGCCGCUCUCGCAUGUGGGACGCCGAUGCCGACGGCUACGCGCGCGGUGAAGGUAUCGCGGCCAUCCUCAUGAAGCCGCUGAGCGCCGCCAUCGCUGACGGCGACCACAUCGAGUGCAUCAUCCGCGAGACAGGCGUGAACCAGGACGGCCGCACGCCCGGUAUCACGAUGCCCAGCUCGACCGCGCAGACGAAUCUCAUCCGCGACACGUACGCGCGAGCCGGCCUGGACCUGCGCCGCAAGUCCGACCGUCCGCAGUACUUCGAGGCGCACGGCACCGGCACCAAGGCCGGCGACCCUCAGGAGGCCCGCGCCAUCUUCAACGCCUUCUUCGGCGGCGAGGACGGCGCCGACGAGGACGACGUGCUCUACGUCGGCUCGAUCAAGACCGUCGUCGGCCACACGGAGGGCACGGCCGGUCUCGCCGGUCUGCUGAAGGCCUCGCUGGCCAUCCAGAACAAGACCGUGCCUCCCAACUUGCACUUCAACCGUCUCAACCCGGAUAUCACGCCGUACUACGGAAAGCUCCAGAUCCUGACAGAAGCGAAACCGUGGCCAGAGCUGCCGCCGGGUAUUCCGCGGAGAGUUAGCGUGAACAGCUUCGGUUUUGGUGGCACCAACGCGCAUGCGAUUAUCGAGAGCUACGAGCCUGAAUACCACGACGUCAAGCAGGAGAAAGCCAUCGCCGCUGCUCCCCUGGUCUUCUCAGCCACGACAGAGCGCUCCCUGGGCGCCAUGCUCAACGCCUAUCUGCCAUUUCUGGCGGCCAACCCCGACAUCGACAUGCGGUCGCUGGCCUGGACUCUCGCUCGACGAUCCGCAUUUCCGAUCCGCAUCUCGUUCCCUGCCGUCCAGAGCGCCGCCGAUCUCCGGGCCAAGAUCGAGGCCAAACUCGAGGAGAAGCAGUCCGGCCCCAUUGGCACCAGGGCCAUCACCAAGACCAAGGGCAUCCUGGGCGUCUUCACCGGCCAGGGCGCCCAGUGGCCGGCCAUGGGACGGGCGCUGAUCACGACCUCCCCCGUCGCCGAAGCCAUCAUCGACCAGCUGGAGCAGUCGCUGGCCGAGCUGCCUGAGGCGGAUCGUCCAUCCUGGUCGCUCAAGAAGGAGCUGCUGGCCUCCAAAGACACCUCGCGCAUUGGCGAGGGCCUCAUCUCGCAGCCGCUCUGCACCGCCGUCCAGGUGAUGCUGGUCGACCUCCUCCGGCGCGUGGGCAUCGACUUCGUCGCCGUCGUCGGCCACUCCAGCGGUGAAAUCGCUGCAGCGUAUGCGGCCGGCUUCCUCACUGCUCGCGAUGCCAUCCGCGUGGCCUACUACCGCGGUCUGUACACCAAGCUGGCUCGCGGCCCCUCGGGACAGCGCGGUGCCAUGAUGGCCGCCGGCACUUCGAUGGAAGACGCCGAGGAGCUCUGCGACCUGCCCACGUUCAAGGGCCGGCUGUGCGUGGCCGCCAGCAACUCGUCGGCCAGCGUGACGCUCUCCGGCGACGCGGAUGCCAUCGAACACGCCAAGCUGAUCCUCGAGGACGAGCAGAAGUUCGCCCGCGCCCUCAAGGUCGACACGGCCUACCACUCGCACCACAUGCAGCCCUGCUCGGAGCCCUACAUCCGCGCGCUCGAGGCCUGCAACGUCCAGAUUCAGACGCCGUCCGAGUCGGCACCGAAAUGGUUCUCGUCCGUGCUCGGCGGUCCAGUCGUGGACGCCAGCAUGAGCGACGCCCUCAGGGCCGUCUACUGGAGCGACAACAUGCUUAAGCCGGUGCUCUUCUCGCAGGCGCUGCAGACGGCUCUCUCCGAGAUUGCCACUCCGGCCAUCGCCCUCGAAGUCGGUCCGCACCCGGCGCUCAAGGGCCCUGCCAGCCUGACCAUCGAGGAGCGCAUCAAGGACGGUCUGCCGUACUCGGGCGUGCUGAACCGCGGCGGCAACGACUGCGAGGCCUUCUCCAGCGCGAUCGGCUUUGUCUGGAACAAUCUUGGUCCGGCGGUGGUCAACUUCGCCGCAUACGAUGCCCUCUUCAACAACAGCCCGCUGCCCACCCCGUUGAAGGACCUCCCGACAUAUCCCUGGGACCACGAGCGCAAGUUCUGGAGCGAGUCGCGCUCGUCGAGGAUCUCUCGUGCCCGGGAGACGCCGACGCACGAACUGCUGGGCGUCCGAUCGCCCGACGAUGUCGAGGGCGAGUACACCUGGCGCAACUAUCUCAAGCCGGCCGAGAUGCCCUGGCUGCGCGGCCACCAGAUCGAGGGCCAGGUGCUGUUCCCGGGCGCCGGAUUCGUCAUCAUGUGCGUGGAGGCCACCAAGGUGCUGGCGCCGGUCGACAGCGUGCGCCUGAUCGAGGUGUACGACGCAGUGAUCCACCGGGCCCUGUCCAUCUACGACGAGGUGGCCGGCGUCGAGGUCAUCGUGAAGCUGGCCAACGUCCACAACGAGCAGCACGGCGACGAGAAGUGCAUCGCCGCCGACUUCUCCUGCUCCGCCUGUCCCAACAAGGACUCGGGGAACUUCACCACCAUGUGCUCCGGGCGCGUCAAGAUCUUCCUGGGCGAGUCCUCGCUGCUGACGCUACCGCAGCGUCCGCCGCCGCUGCCCAAUAUGAGCGACGUCGACGUCGAGCUCUUCUACAGCUCGCUGAACGAGCUCGGCUACAACUACACCGACAUGUUCAAGGGCAUCACCACCCUGCGCCGCUCCACCGACGCCGCCAGCGGCAUCAUCCACAUCCCGGACAGCCUGCCCCAGCCGCCCGAGUGCAUGUUCCAUCCAUCCACCCUGGACGUCGCCUUCCAGUCCGUCCUGGCGGCCGUCGGGGUGCCCGGACGACUCUGGUCGCUGCACGUCCCCAUGAAGAUGGACCGGCUGCGUCUCAACCCGCUGGCCUGUCCGGACCGUGCCGGCGUCGGCGUGGACCUGCACUUCGACGCGACCCUGCUGUCGUUCAACUUUGCCAGGGGUCUGUACGGCGACGUCGAUGUCUACGACGAGACGGGCUGCUACCCCAUCCUGCAGGUCGAGGGUCUCCACGUCGCCCCCAUCGCCGCGGCCACGCGCGAGCACGACCGCCAGGUCUUUGCCAAAACGGUCUGGGAGGUCGCGGAGCCGGAUGCCGAAGACGGCUUUGUUGAGUAUACCCCGAGCGCCUCGGAAGAGGCCCAGUCCCUUCUCAUGGAACGCGUGUGUCUGUUCUAUCUGCGGAAACUACUAAACCAGGAGAUUACAGGUGAAGAAAGCGACGAGCAUCGUACGAAUCUGUUGGCAUGGGCUGCCAACGCAGUCGAACGCACGUCUCGCGGCAAGCACCCGACGUGCCAGAAGCAGUGGCUCGACGACACCUACGAAGAUAUCCGGUCCCAACUUGCCCAGUUUGGCGCCUCCUCCGAUCUGAAUGGCCUGGUGGCUGCGGGCGAGCGGCUCCUGCGCUUCGUCAAGGGCGAGUCCCUCGACAGCGAGGAGAAAAAGGCCGUCCUAGAGGCGGCGCAGCGCUUCCACGCCGCUCUGCCCGGCUUCGCGACAUACCAGAACCACCUGGGCCGCAUCGUGCGCCAGAUCGCGCACCGCUAUCCGCACAUGGAGAUCCUCGAGGUGGGCGCCGGCCUCGCCAGCGUCGCGCCGGCUGUCCUGGGCCAGCUCGAGAACUACUACCUGUCAUACACGUAUGCCGACACGACGGAUGCGCCCUUCGACGCCGCCCAGUCCUCGUUCAAGGAGCAAGCCAGCAAGCUGUCCUACAAGCCGUUUGACCUGAAGCAGGACCCGGCGGAGCAGGAGUUCGUCGAGCGCUCCUACGACCUGAUCAUCGUGUCCAACGCGCUCUACGCGAGCGAAUCCGUCAUGCAGACCCUCCAGAACCUGCGCCGUCUGCUGAAGCCCGGCGGCUAUCUCGCGCUGCUCGAAGUCACCAACGACGAGCUGCUCCAGACGAAGUUCGUCGUUGCGGCCGCUCCGCAGUGGUGGACGGCCGCUGCGGGCAGCGAUGAGGACAGUCUUCGCCCCUGGUCGCAGACGACGUGGGAUGCGUUGCUGCAGCAGACCGGCUUCUCGGGCGUCGACACCUCCACGCCCGAAACCGACGCGCCCUUCUCAGUCAUCGUCAGCCAGGCUGUGGAUACACAGAUGAGUCUCCUCCGGCGGCCGCUGGCGCCCUCGGACGCGUCGGUGACCAUCGACGACCUGCUCAUUCUCGGCGGCCAGACGCUGGCCACGCUGCGGCUUGCGAAGGAGCUCAAGGAGCUGCUCGAGCCGUUCUGCAACAACCUGAUCACCGUGAAGAGUCUGGAGAAACUCGACGCGUCGAUGAUCCCCGGCCGGGUGACGGUCCUCAGCCUGACGGAGCUGGACGCUCCUGUGUUCAAGCCGUUCACGCCGGAGAAGCUCAAGGCGACGCAGAUCCUGCUGGACAACGCCCGGAACGUGCUCUGGGUGACCAGCGGCAGCGAGGGCGAGCAGCCGUUCGCCAACAUGAUGAUCGCGAUUGCGCGGUGUCUGAUCCACGAGAUGCCCGACCUGCGCUUCCAGAGCUUCGACGUGGGCACAUCCGACAAGCCCAAUGCCCGCCAGCUGGCUGAGGCCCUGCUGAGGAUCCAGAUCUCGGGCAGCUGGAAGAGCGCGAACGACCGCCUGUGGACCUUUGAGCGCGAGCUGGCCAUCAUGGACGGCAAGGUCAUGAUCCCCCGAUACACCGGCGACGACGAGCCCAACGACCGCUUCAACUCGUUCAAGCGCCUGAUCCGCAAGGACGUGUCUCUCGACCAGUCCGUCGUGGCCAUCACCGCGGGCAAGAACAAGUACGACCUGCUCGAGUACAAGCCGGCUCUGCCUGCUGCUGCGCCGGCCGGCAACGACAACACGGUGACGGUGGACGUGAUCCGCUCCAUCUUGACUGCCUUCCACGUCCCGUCCGUUGGAUAUCUUCACCUGGUCGAAGGUGUGGAUUCCCAGACCCAGGAGAAGGUCCUUGCGUUCUCCAACCACCACCGCUCCUCUAUCACGGUGCCUCGAAGCUGGACUGUCCGGGCCACGCACGCCGAGGACCAUGGCGCCCGGCUGCUGCAGGCCAUGGCCACCGAUCUCCUGGCCGGCUUCAUUCUCGGCGACGCCACGAACGGCGACAAGGUGCUCGUCCACGAGCCUACGGCGGCACUCGCGUCGGCGCUGAAGCGACAGGCCGACGAGACCGGCUCGCUGCUGGCGUUCACGACGUCGCGCACGGAGGACUCUGAGUUCCAGUACAUCCAUCCGUCGGUGCCGGACCGCGUUAUCGACUACUGCAUGCCCAAGGACGUGUCCAUCUUCGUGAACCUGUCGGGCGAGGUCGAGGUCGAGUCGCCUGCCAUGCGCAUCGCCCAGUAUCUGUCCAAGAAGUGUGACAAGAAGGACGUCAACAAGCUGUCCAGCCCGCACGCCUUCAAGCGGGCUGGCGCUCGCUCCGAAGUCGUCGCGAACCUGCUGCAGAAGACGUACGCCCGCGCCGUCGCAGAAUUGUCGACCCCGGAUCUGUACGGCUGCGUGGACGAGAUCACGCUGAAGGACGUCCUGGACCGCUCGACGGCGGAGCAGCAACAGCAGCCGCAGUUCGAGAUCGUCAACUGGAAGGCCACUGCCACCGCGCCCGUUCGCGUGCGAUGCGCCGAGGAGGAGGUCGAGUUCCGGCCUGACCGGACGUACUUCCUCGUCGGAAUGACUGGCGAGCUGGGUCUGUCGCUGACCCAGUGGAUGGUCAGCAGGGGAGCGAGAUAUUUUGCUCUCACCAGCCGCAAUCCCAAGAUCAACCCGGACUGGAUCGAGAUGAUGGAGACGAAGGGUGCCAUCAUCAAGACUUUCGCCAUGGACGUCACGGACAAAGCCUCGAUCCUCAAGGUCCACCAGACCAUUCGCGAGACUAUGCCUCCCAUCGCCGGUGUAGCCAACGCAGCCAUGGUCAUCGCAGACGGCAUCUUCACCAACAUCCCGUACGAGACCAUGUACAGCUCGCUGGCGCCCAAGGUCGACGGCAGUCUGUACCUGGACGAGAUCUUCUCGACCAACGACGACCUGGACUUCUUCAUCCUGUUCUCGUCCAUCACGUCCAUUACCGGCAACGUCGGCCAGAGCAGCUACACAGCGGCCAACGCGUUCAUGACCAGUCUGGCCAAGGGACGACGCAAGCGCGGCCUCGUCGGCAGUGUCAUGAACCUGGCAGGCAUCUUCGGCCUGGGCUAUGUCACUCGCGCCGCCAAGGGCGUCCUCGACCGCCUCAUCGCCCUGGGAUUCUCCAACAUCUGCGAAUGGGACUUCCAUCAGAACUUCGCCGAGGCUGUGCUGGCUGGCCAUCCGGACUCUGGCCGCAGCCCCGAGCUAUCCGCCGGUCUGGCUGUCUACGACGUCGAGAAGGACGCCAAUGUCCCUGUCUGGGUCCAGAUCCCCAAGUUCGCUAGAUACAGGCGCCUCCGCACCCAGGGAGGAUCCAGCGCCUCUGCAGGCGAGUCCCAGAUCUCGAUCAGGGCUCAGCUGCGCGAGCAAACGACCGAGGAGGGUGUUCGUCAAGUGCUACUCGACGGAUUGCUUUCUACUCUGCACAAGACCCUGCACAUGUCCGCCGAGGACACCAUCUCGCCCGAUUCCACCAUCGUCGAGCUGGGCGUCGACUCGCUGGUCGCCGUCGACAUGCGGGCCUGGUUCAGCAACGAGCUCGACCUCGACAUGCCCGUUCUCAAGCUCCUCGGCGGUGCCACCAUCGCCGAUCUGGUCGACGACGCCGUCAGCAGGCUCUCGCGCGAGCUCAUUCCCAACGUCGUCGCCGGCCAGGCUGAGGGCGAGCCUGCGUCUGAGGAAGCCCCGGCCGCUGCUGCGUCUGCCGAGCCGGAGAAGAGCAGCGAUGAAUCCUCGACCGAGGAGGAAGAUUCGACCAAUGUCUCGGAAUUCGCGUCCACGCCGCCCACUGGGUUUGUGUCCCAGACGCCCAGCUCGCAGACGUCCGAGGAAGACAUCGAGCCCAAGGACCUUUCGGCGGCCGUGGCCCCCAAGCUGGCUUACCAGCGGACGACCAAGAUGGGCUACGGUUCCACGCGCUUCUGGUUCCUGAGGCAGUACAUGCAGGACCAGACCACCUUCAACUGCGUCUUCAAGUUCACGCUGACGGGCCCGAUCCGUGAUAACGACGCCGAUCGCGCCGUCAAGGCCAUCGCCCAGCGCCACGAGGCGUUCCGGACGGCCUUCUUCGCCAACGCGGACCAGAUGAACGAGCCCACGCAGGGCGUCCUGCCCGAGUCGCUGCUCCAGCUGGAGCGCAAGAAGAUCGACGACGAGGCGCAGGUGGCCGAGGAGUACGAGGCGCUGCUCAACUACGAGUUCGACCUCGAGCGCGGCGAGACGGUGCGCAUCGUGCUGCUGUCGCUGUCGCCGCUGAAGCACUUCCUGAUCUUCUGCCACCACCACAUCGCCAUGGACGGCUUCAGCUUCAACAUCCUGCUCGACGAGCUGAACAGGCUGUACUCGGGCCAGACGCUGCCGCCCGUCAGCCUGCAGUUCACCGACUUUGUCGAGCGCCAGCGCGCCCUGGUCGAGAGCGGCGCCAUGGCCAAGGACCUCGAGUUCUGGCGCAACGAGUUCGCCGAGUUCCCUGACCCUCUGCCGCUGUUCCCCGUGGCCAAGGUGAGCUCGCGCAGCCCGCUGACGACGUACGCCUUCGAGCAGGCGCACGAGAUCCUCGACGCAGCGACUGCCGCGCGCAUCCGGGACCAGGCUCGCAGACAGAAGUCCACCACGUUCCACUUCUUCCUGGCUGUGCUCAAGGUCUUCCUAUUCCGGUUCCUCGAUAUCGACAAGGUCUGCAUCGGUGUGGCUGACGCCGGCCGCGGCGAUACCGACACCAUCGGCACCAUCGGAUUCCUGCUGAACCUGCUGCCCUUGCAGUUCAAGGCCAAUGCCGGCCAGAAAUUCGGCGACGCCGUCAGGGAGGCGCGCGACAAGGCCUACGCCGCGCUGGGUCACUCCAAGCUGCCUUUCGACGUCCUCCUCGAGGAGCUCGACGUGCCCCGUUCGUCCAGCUACACGCCCAUGUUCCAGGUCUUCAUGGACUACCGCCAGAUCGCCAUCUCGAGCCCCAAGGUGCUCGGCACCAAGGCCGAUGCCACCUCUUCGCCCGGCCGGACUGCCUAUGACCUGAUCCUGGAUAUCCGCGAUGUUGCGGGCUCGGGCGUGAACAUCGGCUUCCGGACUCAGAAGUCCCUCUACUCCCAGGAAGCCACCGAGCUGCUGUUCAAGAGCUACAUGCGCCUGGUGCGGUACUUCGCGUCCAACCCUGCUGCGGAGGUGAACAAGGCUCCGCUGUUUGACGCGGCGGAUAUCGACGCUGCGGUGAAGCUUGGUCGAGGCCAACUCAUGACCUCCGCCUGGCCUGCAACCAUCUCCGAGCGCAUCGAGAGUGUUGCUCGCGACAACGCCGGUGCGCUCGCUCUCAAGGACGGUGUGGGCAACGCCCUGACAUACACUGCCAUGACUGAGCGUGUCGACGCCAUAGGCUCUGCCCUGCUUGAUGCUGGUGUCGCUCAAGGCUCCAGGGUCGCUGUCUUCCAGGAACCAACGGCCGACUGGGUCUGCACCAUGCUCGCCAUCUGGAAGGUUGGCGGCGUCUACGUCCCUCUGGAACUCACCAACUCGCUCCCUCGCCUGGCCAGCAUCGUCGACGACUGCAUGCCCGAGGUCAUCGUGUGCCAUGACGCCACGGCCGCGGACGUUCCGGCCCUGAACGCCGAGUCUGCGAAAACUAUCAACGUUUCUUCCUUGACCACGCCGGCGCAGCGUGAACUUGCCAACAGCUCGAGACCCGAAGACCCUGCAGUCAUCCUCUACACCAGCGGGUCGACGGGCAAGCCCAAGGGCAUUGUCCUCCGCCACUCAAGCAUCCGCAACGAGAUGGAAGGCUACAGCAAGCAGUGGCAGAUCGGCCAGGAGGUCGUCCUGCAGCAGAGCGCCUACACGUUCGACUUCUCGCUGGACCAGAUGCUGGCCGGUCUGUCCAACGGCGGCACCGUCUACGUCGUGCCCAAGUCUGACCGGCGCGAUCCGGUCAAGAUUGCUGCCCUGAUCGCCGCUGAGAACAUCACCUACACAAAGGCGACGCCGUCCGAGUACUCGAGCUGGAUUCAGCACGGCUCUGCCUCGCUCACCAACGCCAAACAGUGGCGAUUCGCCUUUGGCGGCGGCGAGCCCUUGACCGAUAGCCUGAAGCGAGAGUUCCGCUCGCUGAACAACCCGGACCUGCGGCUCAUGAACUCCUACGGCCCUGGCGAGAUCACCAUCUCCUGCACGAAGGCUCCCAUCCCCUACCACAGCGACGACGACUACUCCGGAAAGCCAAAUCCCCUGGGCUCCCCGCUGCCCAACUAUGCCAUGUACGUGGUCGACAAGAACCUGGACCUGGUGCCUGCCGGCGUCACCGGUGAGAUCGUCAUUGGCGGUCUGGGACCAGCGAUCGGAUACCUAAACAACGAGGAGCUGACGCGCGCCAAAUUCAUCCCGGACGUCUACUCUCCGCCGGAGCUGAGGGCCAACGGCUGGACGACCGUGUACCGCAGCGGCGAUCUGGGCCGCCUGCAGCCGGACGGAACGUUUGUCUUCCACGGCCGCACCGACGGCGACUCCCAGGUCAAGCUGCGCGGCAUCCGGAUCGAGCUGGAGGACAUUGAGAGCAGCAUCAUCCAGGCCGCUGGCGGUGCGGUGACGCGCGCCGUGGCGUCUGUUCGUGGAGAGCCGCAGUUCCUCGUGGCUCACGUCGAGUUUGCCGACAACUUCCCAGAGGCUGACAAGGCCAAAUUCGCAAAGCAGCUCAUCGCCCGUCUCCCGCUGCCGCAGUACAUGCGGCCCGCCAUGAUCAUCCCGCUGGACGCCAUCCCCCUGAAUAGCCACUCGAAGAUCGACCGGCUGGCGAUCAAGAAUCUGCCCUUGCCAGAGGCCACCGCGAGCGCAUCCGACGCCGAUCUCACCGACACAGAGCUGGCGCUGAAGGACGUCUGGCUCUCGGUCAUCUCCAAGGACAUCGCCGGCGUGGUGAACAUCGACGCCGACUCCGACUUCUUCCAUAUCGGCGGCAACUCCCUCCUGCUGGUCAAGCUGCAGGCGCGCAUCCGCGAAGUCUUCGACGUGGCUGUGCCGCUGCUCAAGCUCUUCGAGUCGACCGCCCUGCGCGCGAUGGCAGCUAGAAUCGCCGAGGCUACCAACGUGCUGACCAUCGACUGGGACGAGGAGACCGCCCUGCAAGGUGACUUGACCCAGACCGCGGAUGAGACAACGAAGAAGGAUGCCAGCACCUCCGGAACGACAGUCCUUCUCACCGGCGCGACCGGCUUCCUGGGACGAAACAUCCUUCGCAAGCUCGUGGAGGACGACCGGGUGUCGAAGAUCCACUGCGUUGCGGUGCGACAGUCUUCGUCUGACAACCAGCCUCGCGAACUGCCCGUUCAAUCGCCCAAGAUCGUCGCCCAUCCAGGCGAUCUGACCGAGCCGCUGCUGGGUCUGUCGCCCGAGGCCUUCGCGGAGCUGUCUGCUGAAGUGGACGUGAUCAUCCACAGCGGCGCCAACCGCUCGUUCUGGGACGCCUACCAACUCCUGCGCCCGCAGAACGUCUCAGCGACGAAAGAGGUCGUCCGGCUGGCCCACGGCCGCAAGAUCCCCGUGCACUUCAUCUCCAGCGGCGGUGUCCUUCAGUUGGCAGGCGAGGAUGCGCAGACAAACAACGGCUCCGUCUCGGCCUUCAAGCCCCCCGUCGACGGAUCGAUGGGCUACGUCGCCACGAAAUGGGCCAGCGAGGUGUAUCUGGAGAACGCGGCGCGCAGCCUCGGUGUUCCAGUACACAUCCACCGAGUGACAAGACCAGAAGACCCGACGCGGUCGCCGCGGCCCGAGCUGGUGCAGGAAUUCGCCGACAUGGCUGCUCGGCUGAAGGCUCUGCCGAUGGAGGCAGGCUGGAGCGGAAACUUCGAUCUCAUUCCUGUCGGGCCGUUGGCGAAGGAGAUUUGCGAUGCUGCUGUCGACAGCGUCGUCGACGAGUCCGCCGAGCCCAGAUUUAUUCACCACGCCAGCGAGGUCACUCUCCACAUGGACGAUGUCCGCAAGCACAUGGAUGCUGCUGCCAAGGUCGGAGGAGGAGAGCUGCAGUCGUUUGAGCGCCUCUUGCCGCACAAGUGG